GAGAGAGAGAGAGUCAGGCAGGCACACAGGACAGGAGCACACCGGUCGGACUCGGAAGUCGCGAGGAUGGAGAUCCGUCCGGACCGCUUUAAGGCUCAGGCAGGAAAAACUUUGGGGAAAAUACACAGAAUCCUCGAGAAACGUCAGCAGAAUGGCGAGACGAUCGAGCUGUCAGCAGAAGGUCGCCCGGAGCUGGUGGAGGAGAAGGAGCUUCCCGUCGUGGACUGCACGUGUUUUGGGAUGCCUCGCCGUUACAUCAUCGCCAUCCUGUCAGGCCUGGGCUUCUGCAUCUCAUUCGGCAUCCGCUGUAACCUGGGUGUAGCCAUCGUCAGCAUGGUCAACGACCACACGAUUUACUCCGGAAAGAAACCUAUCAUAGUGGCUGCUCAGUUCACAUGGGACCCAGAGACAGUUGGGAUGAUUCACGGCUCGUUCUUCUGGGGUUACAUUGUCACGCAAAUCCCCGGAGGAUUCAUCUGUCAAAAGUUUGCUGCUAAUCGGGUGUUUGGCUUCGCCAUUGUGGCCACGUCGACACUGAAUAUGCUGAUCCCAGCAGCAGCUAGAGUUCACUAUGGGUGUGUUAUCAUGGUCAGGAUCUGCCAGGGCCUUGUGGAGGGCGUGUCAUAUCCCGCAUGUCACGGGAUCUGGGCCAAAUGGGCUCCGCCCCUUGAAAGAAGUCGAUUGGCAACAACAGCGUUCUGUGGUUCAUAUGCUGGUGCUGUUGUUGCAAUGCCUUUGGCUGGAGUCUUGGUCCAGUACACCGGGUGGUCCUCAGUGUUUUAUGUGUAUGGAAGUGUUGGGAUAUUCUGGUAUCUCUUCUGGAUUUUAGUGUCCUAUGAGAGUCCAGCUGCUCACCCAACCAUCACACCAGAGGAGAGGAAGUACAUUGAGGAUGCCAUCGGGGAAAGCUCUGGCCUGGUCAACCCCCUGCAGAAAUUUAAGACUCCCUGGCGGCACUUCUUUACCUCCAUGCCAGUGUAUGCCAUCAUAGUGGCCAACUUCUGCAGAAGCUGGACCUUCUACCUGCUCCUCAUCAGCCAGCCUGCUUACUUCGAGGAGGUGUUCGGCUUUGAAAUCAGCAAGGUGGGGAUGGUGUCUGCACUUCCUCAUUUAGUGAUGACCAUCAUUGUGCCAAUCGGAGGACAGCUGGCCGACUACCUGAGAACACAUAAUUUAAUGAGCACAACAAAUGUCCGUAAACUCAUGAACUGUGGAGGGUUUGGCAUGGAAGCCACUCUACUCUUGGUUGUCGGUUUUUCACAUACCAAAGCAACUGCCAUUUCUUUCCUUGUACUGGCUGUUGGCUUCAGUGGAUUUGCAAUUUCAGGGUUUAAUGUGAAUCAUCUUGACAUUGCUCCACGUUACGCCAGUAUCCUGAUGGGAAUUUCCAAUGGAGUGGGAACUUUGUCAGGAAUGGUGUGUCCACUCAUAGUUGGAGCAAUGACCAAACAUAAGACACGUGACGAGUGGCAAUAUGUCUUCCUCAUUGCAUCACUGGUGCAUUAUGGGGGUGUGAUAUUUUAUGGGAUCUUUGCAUCAGGUGAGAAGCAGCCAUGGGCGGAUGCUGAGAAUACUAGCGAGGAGAAGUGUGGCAUUCUGGGAGAGGACGAGCUGGCCAAUGAAACGGAAGAGCUGUACAGGACUGGCGGGCAGUACGGAGCGAUUAACAAUCCACAUGCUGGUGGUCCGAAUGGAGGCGGAGGUGGUGCUGGGGCAGGAUGGGUAUCGGAUUGGGAUAAAACAGAAGAAUAUGUGCAACCGGUUGGGACAAAUAGUUAUUUAUAUGGUGGAGAGGGAGAGAGAGAACUCACAUAGUGGGAAGAAACAUAUAAGAGUUGAUGGAAUAAAUAUCAAUACAAAAUAAAUAGAGUGAGUGAGUAUGUGUGUGUGUGUAAGAGAGAGAGAGUGAGUGAGUGAGUGAGUGAGUGAAUAAGUGAGUAAAAGAACAAUUGUGUUUCCAAACUGAUAAUAAGAUUAUGUGAUGAUUGUUCUAUAAAUGUAAGUUUUUUUUUUUUUUUUUUUUUGUGAGACAGAUUGAGAAUACAGUGGUGCUCUGUUAAUUAUAUGUUCAGUAUUUUAGGCUUCCUGCCAAAAUCACUGUAAUGCACUUAAAAUGACACAGCGAUAUUAGACAUGUUCAUGGUUGUCGUGUAAGAGUAAAUCAGCUUCUGUGUGUGUGCUCAUGGUGAGUGUGUAUGUGUGUUUCCUUACUGUGCUCUCUUCCUUUUGUUUUAUCCAGUGCUUUAAAUAUGGUAAAAGGGUUCAAGAAAAUCUAUGGAUGUUAUUUGAUCUUUGGUUUGUGCACAAAUACACAAUAUUCUUAAAGGGACAGUCACCCAAAUAUUUGAAUUCUGUCAUUAAUUACUCUUUCACAUGUCAUAUGUUUUAUGUUGUUUUUAUAUAUAUAUAUAUAUAUAUAUAUAUAUAGGCCUACUAUAUAUAUAAUGUUCCUUUAAACUAUGACUGAAUAUGUGUGCGAGUUUAAACGACCUAGAUCCUCAUCAUUGUCAGUGCACAAGCGAUUUUAUCCUCUUGCUUACUAUUACUCACAUUCACACAUUUUCACAAGCUUACAUGCACACACACUUUUAAUAAAUGUGUGGGCGAGUCUGUUUUUUGCACGUUGAAGGUUUACUUGUACUGCCAGGAUCAUUUAGAGUCAUUUAUACAUUACAUUCAUAUUUAUGCAUAUAGCAGACGCAAAAUUUAGGUUAGGCCUACACUUUGGAGCAAAAACGUCAAGUGAAUUUCGAGGUAAAAGUGCCGAAAUUGUGAUAUUCUAGAUCUGUGUGAGAAAUGAAUGGAGAUGUUAUCUCAGCAUGUGCAGAUUUUUCCUCAUCAUGUAUAUCCAUUUAGAGGCUAUUCAAUCAGAGUGCAGGAUGAGCUUAGAGAACCAAUCAGAGAACAGCAUUAGGGAACGGCGAGAGGAUGAUGGUAAAUUAGUGACUCUCUGAAUCUGACACAUAUCGGAUGUUAUUCUACUUCAUGUGUUUGUAUUUUGUUUUUGCGCUUCUUUCCUAAACAUUUAAUUUGUUUCUUUCUUAUUUUGUUUGCCUAAAUGUUACUUGACCUGUCAUCAAACAACAAAAAGAUUUUAAAAAAUGAAGAGAAAAAAAUUUAGAAAAAUAUAUAUAAUUGUAAAAAAAUGUGUACAAAUUGUAUAUGUGAAAAUUCCCUGUGUACAAUAAAACUAAUUAAAUGUA